AUGGAACCAAACUCACAGUUAUUCAAUGAUUUAAGCCCAUUAAAUCAGAUAAGUGAAGAAUCAUUGACCGAUAAUUUAGAUCAAACUCGUGCACGUUUAAAACGUAAAUUAGAACAACGUCGUACAUUUGAACAAUUAGUAGAACAAAAUAUUAUAACAGAAGCACCAACUCAUGAAAAAACACGUGAUUUAUUAGAGGAAAAAAUACUCUAUCGUCCCGAUCGUCAAUUAUUAAUUGAACAAAAUAUUUUACAUGAUACUAAUGUAGCUCCAGCACUUCAACUUCAACAACAACGUUUAAAACGUGCAAAAUUAGCUGAUAAUUUGAAUGAUAAAUUAGCGCAAAGACCCGGUCCGCUUGAUUUAAUUGAAAAUAAUAUUUUACAAUUUGAUAAUACAAAUAUUAAACAAGCAUUACAAGGUGGACUUAUUCAAUAUCCCAAAACAUCUGAUAUUGUAACUACUUUACAUUUACCUAUUAAUCCCUAUUUAUUUGACGAUACCAGAUUUAAUAAUUUAACAACAGCAUCAACAACAUUUACUCCAAUUUCUACAAUUAUUCCUGAAUCUGCACCAGUAAUUCUUCAAACAAAUCCCUGUCAAUUAAAAACUUAUAAACAACAAGUUAGUACAAAACCAAAACAACAACCACGUACUUUAGUUUUUCAUGAAUAUAAAGGACCAAGUGAAAAACCAAAAGUAACAAAAUUACCCAUAUCAACAAUUGAACAAUCUACUACACAAGAAGAUCAUCAAUAUAAAGUUCGUUUACAACAACAACAAUUAUUUUUAAAAUUAAUUGAUGAUGAAGAUAAACUUACAACUAUUGAUGUUUUAUCAUUAAAAAAUACACUAACAUCAAGAGAAAUAGAAGAAAAUAAUAAAAUUAGAGAUGAUUUAGAAGAGAUGAAAUUAACUGAUUUAAGAAAUGAAUGUAAAAAAUUGAAUAUAAGUACAACGGGAAAUAAAACAAAAUUAAAAUUAAAAAUAAAACAAGCAAGAAGUAACAGUACAACAUCAACUACUUCAAAUUGUUUAGAGACAACAGGCACUGAAACUCAACCUAUUCGUCUAUCAUUGUGCGAAUCACCUCUAAUGGAUCAAACGUUUACUUUCAAAUCGUUAGAUGAUACUUUUUCAACAAAUGAAUUAUAUUUACAACAACAACAAAAAAUUGUUGAAUUAGAAUCUGAAUUAGAAAAAUUAAAGACUAUUCAACAACCAACAAAUGUGAAACCAAAAUGUGAUCCAAUUACAUCAGUUCAAAUACAAAAACGUAUUUUAAUUCAACAACAAGAACGUUUAAAACAAAAAAUUGAACAAGAACAAUUUAUUCAACAAUUAUUUGACGAAAAAUUUACAUUACCAACACCAACAAUAGAAAUACCCGUUGAACAAAUAUCAUUAUCUUCGAAUCAACAACAAGACAGUACAACUAACACAAAUAUUAUAUCAGAAGAUCUUACAUCAUUAGAUAUUAACGAUUAUUUUAAUCAAUUAUCUUCAAGUGAUACUACCAAUGAUAAUAGAAAUCAAACAGCAACAGAAAUGGUAGUGGAUGAUUUAUUAACAUUAUUAACGGAUUAUAAAACAACAUGUAACACUACAUCAGAUAUAGAUUGGCUAACAAAUAAUGAAACAUUAUUCGACGAUAAUAUUUUUACUAGAGAAUUUUUAACAGAAAAUAAUUUAUUUAAUAACGAAUACGAUCGAAAUUUUGACUUUUUAUUACCACCAACCAUGUUUAAUGAUGCACAUUAUUCAACGUUCUUUGUAUUACGUUCAUUUUAUUUAGAGUCAAACAACAUUUUCUUCGACAUCAAAUCAUUUUCCUAUUUGAACGAAAAUCAAUUUGGUCUAUUAAUUCCUGAAUGUUGUGAACGUUUAAAAUCAUUUUUCACUGAAAAAAUUCAAGAAAAUGAUCUGACAGCGUUUUUAACAUUAAUGAAUUAUUUGAUUGAAAAUUUUCCAUUCGGUACUGCGUGUGUAAUUCAUAUGCAAGACUCGGGUAAGUUUGUUUAUUUUCAUGUUAUUUUACCAUAUCGGAUAUUUUGA